AUGAUGAUGGGCGACGAUGCGCAAGCCACACACGCCACUGUCAUUUCACUGACGACGCUUUUCACUACGCAGUCACUGAGCCUACCUCCUCUAACUAGGUACCUAGGGAUUAUGGCAACCCAUUUCUCAUUGAUAUGCGGGAAAUCGGCUAGUCAGAUACACCACCCGGCCUCCCGUCCGUCAUCCACGCGACGCGGGAGUCUCAGUCGCGAGCUCGGUGUGUACCGCCCCAUUUCUAUGAGGUUAAUGAAGAUACCUACCCGUACCUGCCUGCCUCAUGUGCGAGCAGUGAUAUCACAACAUGGCUCGCUAUCAACGAAUCGUGAUAAGCUGUCUGCUAUGUUCAGACUGAGGCUCAACUGCUUCCCUGACGAUGUUGGCACUCAUUGGUCAACCGUAGGCAGGGCAGAUGGGACCAAAGAUAUCUUCAUUGCGCUUGUGGCAUCACAAACCCGCAAACGGCGAGAACAAGAAGGCCUGAAGCCAGAGCGCCGAAUGGACUGGUCCAGACCACUUCUCUGCACGAGCCAUAUUCUGUCGUCAUUCAUACCUUUUACCUCUCCACGUUUGGCGCGGCUUUGGCCGAAUUAG